AUGGCGAGCGGAAUGCCAGUCAACGAGUCCUGCGUGACUACGUUCAACGAACUCAAACUGCGUCACUCUUUCAAAUGGAUCAUCUUCAAGAUUGACCACGAUGAGAUUGUCGUCGAGAAGAAGGGCACUGGUGACGCCUCAACUCUCACAAAGGAACUUCCAGCUAGUGAUUGCAGAUACGCAGUGUACGAUGAAGGCCAGAGGAUCCACUUCAUCUUGUGGUCUCCGGACUGUGCCCCAGUGAAGCCCCGCAUGAUUUACUCUUCAUCGAAGGAUGCUUUGGCGAAGAAGCUGGAGGGCACCGUGGCGACAACCCUGGAGGCCCACGAGCUAGGCGACCUAAGCGUGCUCCAUUAG